GCCGCAGAUCUAGUCGAAUACGACCAGUUGGACCGUCAAAUAGAUCGAUAACCUUAUAAUAAUAAGGCAAAAAAUAGAUGCAUUUAAAAUGCAUAUUAAAAUAUCUAUAUUUUUUAUUGGAUACAUUGUUGGUUGCCUAGGCGCCGACGAGAAGGAAAAAUCAGAUAUAACGGUUAAUAUAAAUGGAAAAUACAUUAACAUAACGCUUGAUGAUCCCGAGGUUAAUUCAAUCUUCUUUUCAACAGAAAUCGGAGAUGAGUGCACAUCAGACUAUACUUAUGUUCAUAGCGCCAAUAAGAGCAACACAUUUAGUAUAAGCCUUGAGAAGGAACCUAAAAAAGACGAUAUCAUAAGAAUUUUCAGUGUCAUUGAAACUAAGGAUCACGUUAUAUCAAAAACGUAUGAUUUCAAUGCUGAUGGGGAUGCCACCAAAAAUCACGUUAUAUCAAAAACGAAUAAUUUUAAUGCUGAUUGGCAUGGCACCAAUGAGCCGAAAUGCAUACUAGAAGAGUCCGACUCAAAUUCAAAUAGGGGCUGUAGCGGCCGGCUAAUUUUUGAGGAAAACUUCAAGGACAACAAAUUGACGAAUUGGAUUCAUGCAGUAUGCUCCCGGGUACAUACAAAUUUUAAAGAAUUCGCAGCCUUUUUGAAAAAUGAUAAUAACUGCUAUAUAGAAGAUGAAAAAUUGCAUUUUAAAGCCACUUUGACGGGCUACAGGCUAGGCGAUAAUUUUACACUACCCGAUUGUACUUAUACGAAAACGGAUAAUAGAGUUAUUCUGUGUGGACCGUAUAAAUUCAGUAUAAGUCAACCGCUGCCACCUAUGCACUCGGCAAUACUAUAUAAUAGGAAGAUGCGAUUUAAAUAUGGUCGGAUCGAGAUACGUGCUAAAAUGCCCAUUGGCGAUUGGCUCUUCCCCUAUUUAAUGCUGUACCCCAGCAAGAUGGAAUUUGAAACGAAUAUUGCGUUUGAACCUCACAUUCGCAUCGCAUAUGUGCGAGGCAAUCCACAUCUGCGCGAUUAUGCCCACCAAGAUAUUGGAGGAAAUAUGCUUUUUGGCAGCGUCUUCAGUCAGAUAGGUGACGAUUUUCAUGAGGCUACGGUGAAUAUGCCACACAAAUCAGGAUCACAUUACGGGGAUAAUUUUCACGACUAUACAUUGAUUCGACACAAGGAUCGAAUUAUAUUUAAAGUGGACGGAGCUACCGUUGGCACUAUAACAGAUAAAAGGACAAUCGAAAGCUUGGAAGAAACUGAGUACUACAUCGUAUUGGGUUUGACUGCUGGAGGGAAAUUAAACUUUAAUGAAAAUUAUGUAAAUCUAGAAAAAAACUUUCUUCUGACACCUCAGGCUCCAUCAAUAUUUUUAGAAAGCAUAUCUGAAAAUCAAUCAACAUGGAAGCAUCCCAAGUUGGUGAUAGAUCAUGUGCGUGUUUAUACAACACAUCCCGAUGAAAACUAAAAUGCUUCUUCAUCUUAAUCACAGCUGUUUUCAACGUUAACGUACUUCAAUAAACAGUCAUUUAUUAUUAU